UAUACAAGGAUCAUCUUUCCAUUCUCUGGCUCUCCUCUUCUUCUAGGCUUUCGGUUUCCUUCCUUCCUGGUUUUCCUCUUUAUUCCUUCUUUUCCGUUGGAGAUGCCAUCUUUAAUUUAUUCUAUUGUUGUUAACAUUGUUUAGAGCUAAUCAGAAUAUUAAUUCGUGGUCUUUAAAGAGGGGCUUGAUGCGGGGACGCGCAAAGGCAGAUGCUUGGUUUUUCUAUGGGGAGAGAAGCGUCCUCCUCCCUGGCCAUGGUCAUAGCCACAGAAUCAAAAGCUCCGAUGGUGGUGCUAGUUCCAUUUUAAGCAUGAACGGAAGUAGCGCUCAAGAUUUUUCUUUCUUCAAUUUUGACUCUGCUUCUUCUGCCUUUAAUAAUGACGUCCUCCCUCCUUCCCCGCUUAGAAAUUAUCCAUGGCCUUCUCAGGUGAACCUAGAUUUUGAAGAUAAAGACAAAGAUAAAGAUUAUGAUAAUAAUGAUCAAGUGAAAUCUCCUAAUGUGCUUAUGGGAUCAUUGGUACGUGAAGAAGGGCAUAUACACUCGUUGGCCACCUCUGGUGAUCUUUUGUAUACGGGUUCUGAUGGCAAGAACAUUCGGGUGUGGAAGAACCAGAAGGAGUUUUCUGGGUUUAAAUCGAAUAGCGGGUUGGUUAAGGCAAUUGUAAUAUCUGAAGACACGGUAUUUACGGGCCAUCAGGAUGGGAAAAUAAGGCUAUGGAAAUUAUCAUCCAAAAAUCCAUGCGUUCACAAGCGAGUUGGGACUCUGCCAAAAUUUAAAGAUUAUUUUAAGAGCUCAAUAAAACCCAGUAAUUAUAUCGAAAUUGGACGUAACAGAAACAUGGUUUGGCGCAAGAAUUUUGGUGCCAUUUCAAGUCUUAGCUUAAGUGAAGAUAAGACGCUUCUUUACUCCGUGUCAGGGGACAAAACUUUCAAAGUAUGGAGAAUUUCAGACUCAAAAUGCCUCGAAUCCGUCGCCGCACACAAUGAUGCGGUGAACUCUAUUGUGGCAGGAUUUGAUGGUUUGGUGUUUACGGGCUCAGCAGAUGGAAGUAUCAAGGUUUGGCGAAGAGAAUUACAAGGGAAAGGGACAAAACACUUCUUUUCUCAAACAUUAUUGAAACAAGAAUGCACAGUUACUACGCUUGCAGUGAACCCUGAAGCCACCAUUAUCUACAGUGGCUCAUCAGAAGGGCUCGUUAACUUCUGGGAAAGGAAAAUGCAACUCUCCCAUGGUGGCGUUUUAAGAGGCCAUAAGUCAGCGGUUCUCUGUUUAGUCACAGCAGGGAGUCUUGUGUUUAGCGGGUCAGCAGAUACAGGAAUAUGCGUGUGGAGAAGACUAGGAAGCGAUCAUAUAUGUUUGUCAUUGUUGAAUGGUCAUACUGGGCCUGUUAAGUGUUUGGCAGCCGAGAAAGAUGAGAAAUCCAUCUCCCACGAGACGCCAUGGAUUUUGUACAGUGCAAGUGUUGAUAAGUCUGUGAAGAUGUGGCGGGUGUCGGAGAACGCUCCACCAGUUGCCUGGAACGGGUGUGCUAGUGCCAUGCCAAUUUCGCUGCCUCCAGCUCGAAGCUCUGACCGUAGCAGAAUAAACCAUAGAAGGCAUUAGGGAGAAUCCUGAUACAUAUGAAACUGGCAUUCCGAUUAAAAAAAAAAAUUGAAAGCAAAAGCAAAGAAUCGGACAAAAAGAUGCGAUUGAAAUUAAAAACUAGUCCAUGAAGAUUGAGAAUUUGAUACUUGCAUACAUUUCUCUAUAUUCUCAAAAA